AUGGGUAGGCGUCAAAAACCUGUUUCGGCAUCAGUGGGCUUGGGCUCGGCCAAGUUGGGCCAAUUUUUGGUAAUUGCCCAAAAUCCUUUUUCGGCAUCGGUGGGCCUAGAUGAAGUCGGGCCAGGCCCAGUUUUGGUAUUUACCCCCAAGACCUGGUCCGACAUCAGUGGACUUGGACGAGGUAUGCCGGAUUUAGAAGAUGCGGAUAGUGAGGAAGCGGACGGAACGGAGACGAAAGAAACGGAUGCAAAGGGAGAAAAAGAGGCCGAGGAGAAGAAGGAAGCGAAGAAAGUUGGCGAGAAAGAGGAAAAAGAAGAGGUUGUGGUGGAAGCCAAGGGAUGUUGA